UACAACUCGCACUCCUUUGCAUCAUCAGACAACAUUAACGGCCAUUCAUCUUCCCUUGACGACCACCUAAGCCAGGCUUCGACACACAUUGCGGGCUUCAGGUACCCGCGCGGAUAUCCUUACACCUCGCUGCGACUACCCAGCAUAUCGAACUCAAUACCACUUUACAAGCGAGCAGCCUGCCGAAGACCAACACACUGUGGCGCUUUGCAGAUUGCGAUUCAAGGAGGAAUAGAACGUUAGAAGGAUCGCGGAGAGUCACUGGCUCUUUCGCUCCCAACAACACCUCUUCUGCCUGUCUACUGCUCAUGCUUUGAGCUGUGGCCAUGACGACGUUCGCAGACUAUCCCGCGCAUACCAUGGCCUCUAACGACUUCACCCUAUACCCAUAUCCAGACUCUUGGAAUCAGGAGCAGCAUUACUUAUCAAGUGCUUCCUACGCCGACCAGUCGUACCUGACCCCAACCUCAUUCGACUCGUUUCCAUCACAGCAAAGCUUCGCACUAGUGCCGGACCAGUACAACUACUCAGGCAACCAAGCAAUAAGUCGAUCGAAGCCGAGUCCUUAUCACUCACCCGCGAAUUCCGCCUUCGAAUACCAGCAACCACCCCAUCUCUCAUCAACUUCUGACUCUGGCGCAUCCGUUCAUAGCACAAUAUCGUCGGCGAUAGGAUCACCUUCUGCUCAAGCACAGAGCAACGAGUGGAACCACCACCAGAGCAUGGACGUCUUCCCAGAGAUCGUUCAGCAACACGAUGGUAACAUCUUCGCGACGACUGGCUUCGAGUAUGCAUCGAUCCCAGUGACUGACAAGGGCUGCGUUGACCCGUCGUUGAUCCAGCCAUUCUCACCAACACAGUACACUGGUACUCAGUUCUCAGAAGUCCAGGGAAGAGUUCACUCGCCACAACCUCUGCCAUAUUCCGCAUCUCCAUUACCCACCAAGACAUCUCUCCACAGCGAACGAUCGCAAUCCAGCAAGCCCCAAGGCUCAGCGUCUCCAUAUGCUCAACCGCAAUCAUGGCAACAGCCAUACCCACAACACCAGACAUCCCGGCGGCCGUCCAUCUCUUCUGUCCACUCUCGGCACAGCCAACAUUCUCUCGGCUCCGAUGACUCUAACAAGGGUCUCUGCCCGAUCGCGACAUGUGGCAGACACGUCAAGGACUUGAAGGCACAUAUGCUCACACAUCAAAAUGAGAGGCCAGAGAAAUGCCCGAUUCCAACCUGUGAAUACCACACCAAAGGGUUUGCGCGGAAAUACGACAAGAAUCGCCACACUCUCACUCAUUACAAGGGCACUAUGGUGUGCGGUUUCUGCCCUGGAAGCGGCAGCUCGGCCGAAAAGAGCUUCAAUCGGGCAGAUGUGUUCAAGAGGCAUCUAACCUCGGUGCACGGCGUUGAGCAGACACCACCCAAUGCGAGAAGGAAGAGUCCGUCCACAGCUGGCAAGAAGCCCUUUGGUGGUGCGCGCGAAGUCUCUGGCAUGUGCUCCACCUGUGGCAACACUUUCGCAAGCGCUCAAGACUUUUACGAACAUCUGGACGACUGUGUGCUCCGAGUUGUUCAGCAGGCAGACCCAAGCGAGGCCACGAACGAGAAGCUCCUCACGGAGAUCUCGCAAGACCAGCAAGUCCAGGAGACAUUGGAAAAGCACAUGCUUCCCACAAAUGUCGACUACGACGCUCCUACCUCCUUUGACGAUGAAGAGGAAGAAGAAGAUGACGAGGAAGACGUUGACGACGAGGAUGCAAACGACACCACCUACGGCAGCCGGAAGGCUGGUAAAGGUGGCAACAAGUCGCGCAACCGCGUCGCAAGCAGUGGUGCCGUCCAGAAGCCAAAGAAAGGCUUGACCUUAUCCAAGAACGGUGUUCCACUUGCCGGUGCCUUGACAGCAAAGGGCAACAAGCGUAGGAAGAACUACCCACUGUCCUGGGGCGCUGCUCCCGACAAGAUGCGAAUGAAGAAGCGUGUCAUGUGUGUCUUCGAUGGUCAGCGUCGUCUAUGGAAAGACGAUAUGAUGCUUGACGCCGACCACGAAGUUCGCAUUCCACUCGCCGAGAACAGCCGCGCAUGGGUCAGUGACCUCGACGUCCAAACUCUCCGCCGAGCCGAGGGCAUUUUGAACGCAACAGAUGAAGAGAAGGGUCCUUGGAUUCAGGACGAAGCUGAGCUUCAGAGUCUGAUGGACUCAUGAUGGAUGAUGACGACCACACCACGCUCCGAGUGAGCGAGCGAGCGAGCUCUGUACUUGUAUACUUCUUCUUUCUUGGCGCAUGAUACCACCACCACCACCACCACAUGAAGAUGACGAUGUCGACAUGAUCUGAGCGGCAUACAGACAGACAGACAGACAGCAUGAUGAUGAUGAGAGAAUGUUCUUUUUAACGACUACGCGAGGAUAUCCAAACUCAAAUGAGUAGCAGCUUUAUAUAUAUUUUUUUUUCAAUCGGAGCACAUGUGCUGGCACC